CCCGCUCUGUACAUGGGCCGCCCAAAGUGCGCUCGGGAGGCGGAGGGAGUCGCAGACCACUUCGGUGUUUCCUCCGCUAAAUUCGAACCCUAGACACGACAUGGCCGCGGCGGCCGGCGGCGCGGCGGCGUAGGCAUCCGGCGUCCUGCGUUCGUUCCUUGCCCCUCUGGCCUCUGCGCUCCGUCCCGGCGGCAGCGUCCAAGGCCGCAGCGGGCGGGCGGCGCCGCCUUUCUCCGUUCUCCGGCGCUCCGUAGUUUAAUAUGGAUUCUGAAGCAACGAGUACCUGUAAAAAGGCGAGGGCGGAAGCUACAUCAGUUAUGGGCACAGACAGACUUAGCAGUCUACCUCCAGAGAUAAAGGGCGACAUCCUCUCACGUUUGAAUGUCGAAGAAGCAGUUAGGACUAGUACCUUAUCAAGUACUUGGAGGGAUGUAUGGACUGACAUGCCAGUGAUAUCUCUGUGCGAUGGAAAUCUUGCAAGAACCAAGUUCGUUACGUUAGUCGAUAUGGUGCUAUUACUCCACAAGGGAACAAUAGAGGAGUUUGAUAUUUCAGGUAACAAAAAUUACCAUGAUGAGUUCGGUAGGUGGAUGAUCAUGCUGUCAAGGAAAUCACCAAAAUCAGUUAUAAUCAAGUUGAACUCUGGGCCAAGGUAUAAGAUUCCCUCUUGCCUCUUUUCUAUGGGUGAUCUGGAGUAUCUGCACCUAGAAAACUGCAUCAUCAGCUUGCCCCGGGCAUUCCAAGGUUUCAAGAGCCUAACUGACCUCACCCUGAAAAUCUUCUCCACAGACAAGGAUAUCCAAAAUUUCAUCUCGUUCUGCCCCGCACUGACUGAUUUGAUAUUAAAUUCUUUUGAGGGCAUCAACCGUCUAAACAUUAAGGCUCCUAAACUGGAUUAUCUUAAUGUUGAAGGGGAUUUUGAGGACAUUAAGUUGGACGCACCUAAUCUGGAGGUGGCCUUUCUCUCUCUUGAUAAAGCGUAUCAAUCUGUUCCAAUUGCGCAUGACAAGGAAAGCUAUGUCAAGCAGUCAUUGGGAAGCCUAAGUGUCAUCGAAACACUUACAAUUAGUGGUUUUUUCCUGAAGUAUCUAUCAAAAGGAUGCAUACAUACGAAGCUCCCUGCCGUGUUUACUCACCUGGAGAGUAUUUUUCUUAUGAUAUGCUUGUGGGACCAGCGGCAAGUCUUGACUGCAUGUUCACUGUUUCAGAAUGCCCCUAACUUAAAGAAGCUUGAGAUGUGUAGUUUUCCUUGGAGCAUCCUUGGUCAGGAUGAGGAUCAGGUGGGCAUUCAAGGACUUGACCUGCAAUUGCAAAUGGACCAUCUCGUAACGGCCAGUGUGAACUAUUUCGGGGGUCUGGACUUCGAAGUUGAUUUCGUGGCAAAGCUACUAAGCUGGGCACCAGCUUUAGAAGAACUGAAGAUAGACUGGAAGGGUGAAAAGGACUGUAGCAUGGUUCUGGCCAAGCUAUUAGCUCUGCCGAGGGCGUCUACCAGGGCCAAGGUCAUUGUCACGUUUUGAUAAGCAUGCUCCGGCAACCGUUUGCCGAUGUAAUUUGCUGCUGGGUAGAACUAUCUUGGCUUUGUUUAUGUGAAUGUACAAUCUAGGACUAGCAUGUAGUGCAUUUUGUUGAGGAAAUUCGGUGGGAAUACUUGAUAUGGUGUUAGCAAUUGUUGUCCAUAUGAAACGCCUCAUUCCAUUCUGCAGCCCGGGCACACAAGCUGCCACUGCUGUUCCUCCAUGCACCGGGGACUCACACGCCGCAGCCCUUCCUCAACGGCGUCAGUUCAGGUCUUCAUGUUUUGUGCAUGUGUUCUGUGUAUGGUAAAUUCAUGGUUUUAGCAAAUAUGUGAACC